AUGGGCUUCAGUCUUGGACACCACAGCUUUGACAUGAUGGGAGAAGCAAUUGAGGGAUCCUACUUGUAUUUGGAGGCAACCGUAGCAACCACGGCCAUCUUACUCAGCCCUGUGGUGACUCCACCGGUUACUGACGCCUUGAAGUUCGUCUUCUGGUACAACAUGUAUGGCGAUGCAACAGGUACCCUUAACGUCUUGAAAGUACCUGAAAUUGGGAAUUUAAGCUCGAGUCAGAUGGUCUACUCGAUGGCUGGGCAGCAAACUGCCGACUCUACAUGGCUGAAGGCAGAGGUAUUUUUAUUAGACCUGACAUCAAGCUUCCAAAUAGUUCUUCAGGCUAACCGCGGUAUGGGCAUCAGCGGGAGGUCGGAUAUCGCAAUUGAUGACCUGGAAAUAACUUCUAACAUAGGUGAAAUACCAAUUGUCACCACGGACGUCCAAACGACCACUGCAGUGGACGAGCUAUCCACUAGUGAACAAACGACUGGGGUUGCAACAUCCUCGAACGACGAAACGUCCACCAGUGAAGCACCGAUCCAGCUAUCCACUACUGACCAUGGGACUGAGAUUGCAACAACAGACGAAACCUAUGUUACGGAUGCAACUCCAGAGCUGACAACUGUUGAACGAGUCACUGGCGUUUUGUCAACGGAUGCGUCGAUCGACCAAACAUCCAUUGCAGCAGACGGAGGGGACGGAGGGGUUGCUACAACAGGCGCAAUGAUCGACCAGACAUCCGUUACAGAUGCAACUCCGGAGCUGACAACUGUUGAAGGAGUCACUGGCGUUUUGCCAACGGAUGCGUCGAUCGACCAAACAUCCACUGCAGCAGACGGAGGGGACGGAGAGAUUGCAACAACAGGCGCAAUGAUCGACCAAACAUCAACUUCGGACGGAGGAAACGGAGGUAACGGAGGAAACGGGGGGAUUGCAACAACAUCCACUGCAGACGGAGGGGAGUCAUCAACUGUUACUGAAGGAACGAUGGAGUUCAGCUGUCAGCUACGGAUUCUUGAACUGAACGGUGCACUUGCGGUCUUCAACGAUCGACUCGCAGACAGCAACUCGCAAGAGUUUCGUGAUGUAGCAAAUAUUAUUCGCCCGGCAGUGAUUGCAGCCCUUCGCAGGUCACCUAGGACAUCCAAUGUAGUGGAUUAUGAAGUGAUCUCGGUUCGUGAUGGGAGUUUGUUGGUGAAUGGUGUGGCCAGAUUCCCGCUCAACUCCGUCAUUGAAAGUGCAGCUAUAAGAGAGGUGCUCCACAGUGAAGCGAUGAGCAAUAACGGAUUAAUCGACAACUCACUCACCAUUGACCUAUCGGGUACAGUCGUGACUGCCCCAACUGAGGUUUGCCCGGCAUAUCUUUGUCAAAAUGGAGGCGUGUGUACACAAAGCGGAAGUUUCCCAGAUUAUGUUUACACCUGCGGGUGCCCGGAUGGUUACACGGGAACCUACUGCGAGGAAACAGGAACGAUGGAGUUCAGCUGUCAGCUACGGAUUCUUGAACUGAACGGUGCACUUGCGGUCUUCAACGAUCGACUCACAGACAGCAACUCCCAAGAGUUUCGUGAUGUAGCAAAUAUUAUUCGCCCGGCAGUGAUUGCAGCCCUUCGCAGGUCACCUAGGACAUCCAAUGUAGUGGACUAUGAAGUGAUCUCGGUUCGUAACGGGAGUUUGUUGGUGAAUGGUGUGGCCAGAUUCCCGCUCAACUCCGUCAUUGAAAGUGAAGCUAUAAGAGAGGUGCUCCACGGUGAAGCGAUGAGCAGUAACGGACAAAUCGACAACUCACUCACCAUUGACCCAUCGGGCACCGUCGUGACUGCCCCAACUGAGGUUUGCCCGGCAUAUCUUUGUCAAAAUGGAGGUGUGUGUACACAAAGCGGAAGUUUCCCAGAUUAUGUGUACACCUGCGAGUGCCCGGAUGGUUACACGGGAACCUCCUGCGAGGAAACAGUACCUGGGAACGGUGGAAUCAUUGCCAUUGCCACUACAGUCGGUGCACUCCUGUUAUGCAGCAUUGUUGUUAUGAUAUUCGUGUGCGCCAUCAUGGAAAAUCGCUCUGAUGGUCCCCUGCAACGACGCAGACGUUUUGCACAACAGGAAGAGGACCAUGCCAGAGAGCGUUAUCGCUACGGAGUGAGGAAUUGGACUCGUCCUGCUAUUAUGCCCCGCACCGUCUUGGAAGUGGACGAUGGAUCAAUGGACGAUGCACGCGCAUUCUAUCGAACCUAUGACUACAGUACUAACUAUCGUAGAGAAGACGGAUUCUCGAGACCUUACUCUCCAUACAUGAUACCCGGCCCAGCACUGAUGCGUAAAAUGGAUCAAGAGAGGAUGACAGACGAUUACUUGUACUAAAGAACUUUUUAUGGAACCACAUACAUGUACUUCGGAGGGUUAUAUGGGGGCUAUCAAUGCCAAUGUGAGGCCCUUGUUUUUACUCAUUCCUUAACUUAGUCAAAGCUUACUAUUUUGAAUAACUGGCGUUGGCUUUGGACUUCUAUUGGCUCUUGUACACUCGGUUAGUAUUAUCGAUGUAGCGAACUCGGUUUAAGUUCAGGGAUUGCUAUUUAGAGUAGAAAAUAUGUAGAAACAAAUUUUACAGUCCCAGUUUUGUAGGCAGUUUCAAACUUUGUCUUGGCAAUGAACUUUGGUCUAAUUUAAUUUGAAACGGCCUAGAAAAGCCCAAAUUCCAAUUUAAUAUUUUUAGGGAGCGGGGGACUUCAUUGCAAACCACAAAGGUGGAACAAAAUGUUCCACAUGUAAUGAGCACAAAUGAGUUGGCAAAAUGACGGUCCCGCAAAAUUGCCGGGAAAACGGCAGCGUCCUGGGAACUUGCCACCCCUGCAAGUUGUCUGUAAUUGUAAAGUCUUGGAAGUCACGGCAAUACAGCCCCGGGCAGUAUCCGGUUUUAGAGUUUUAAUAAAUAAAACAAAUAAUAAAAAAAAACAGUUUUGUGGUACCUUUGGUACAAUAGUCCCUAUCCACGAUUAACUCAUUAUAUGUUAUUACAUCUUGUAUUAAUUAUAAUAGCGUCUUAGUAAAUAUUGUUUUUAUCGUAAGUAGUACAAUUAUUAAUGACGUAAUUGGAUUGGGGAUUUAAAAAAAAAAAAAAAAAAGUAUAAAUGUAUGGUGUAUUUUACGGAAACAAAAGGUGUAUUUUACUUUAUAGUGUAUAUGUUAUUGUAAUAGGCUUAAUGUUGAUAUAGUUCUUGUUAAUGUAGCCUUAAGGAGACAUUUCCCCAUUACAAGGUAUAUCUUAGGAAGACAUGGGACAUUAGGAAGACAUUUCAAUAUCUCCCUAAUGCAACAACUUAUUAGAGGAAAAUUGUAUCGUCGACAAUAGGCUAGAUCGAUUGCUCGUGGUCUAACACGUAAAUAUGCCAAAAUUCGUGGGGGUGAAAUAAAGGAAAAAUAGAGGUAAGGGGUGAUUGCAGUUGAACAUUUUUUAUGCGCACCCCUAAGGUACCAUUUCCCGUAAUUAUAC